UCGUGCCGAUCAGCAGCACUAGCAGGCCGCACCUCUCACUGAGCCCACGGGCACCUCGCAUCCCGCAGUUCCCACACCCCCGCACCAGCCCGUCUCAGCACCCGCUGCUGUUACGUCCCAGACCCCAGCCGCAUCACCUUAACCAACAUCACACACGCCUUCCAGCGGCUCCAAGCACUACGACCAAGGUCGACGUGGCCACGUCAGCGCCGAGUAGCACCCACACAAAUGUCGUUGACCCCAACGACAUGGCUUCCGUGCCUCCACCCGCCAGCCUGACCCCUGCUCCCGGCUCCGGAACUGCACCCUCACAAGGAGCCGAAUCUGGGGCCCAACCCUUCAAUUGGACAAGCCACUGGUGGCCUCUGCUGCCCGAGGCCUACCUGCGGCCUGAGCGGCCCAACCCGGUGCAGCUGCUGGGGCUGUCGCUGGUGGUGUGGCGGGAUGGCGCCGGCAGCUGGCGCGUGUUCCGAGACCAGUGCC